AUGUCUGGAGGAACUGCUACUUCGCCUGUACGUUUGAUUAUAUGUGUUGACGGGACCUGGGAUACGUCUGAGGGCUCUUACGAUGCAAUUAAAGGUGCUUUAAGCGGGGCUGCGGACAAUGUAAAGUCAAUCAAUGAUAUGGUAAAAAGUGGAGCCGUUGGGGACACAUCUGGCAAGACUUAUGACCAGGGAGUUGGGACCGAGGAGAGUGCCAGGCCGGCCAACGUCGAUUACCCUGGAAUGCACUUGGUUGUAAGAGCAACUUCCACCUUCCAAGGAGCAACUGGAGAAGGCUACCUGGAUAUCCUCAAAAAGGCUUACAAGGUCUGCUGUUCAGAGCUACAACAGUGGGAGAAUGAUGAGAUAUUUAUGUUUGGUUUCAGUCGUGGAGCUUUUAUUGUCCGUGCACUUGCAUCCUUCCUACAAUAUGUUGGAGUGAUUAAACCAGAACAUAUGAAAACGGAUGCGGAUUUUGAUACUCGGUUUUAUGAUCUCAUAAGAAAGUAUUAUGAACUUACAAAAAAGGCGCAGUUCUUAGGUCGGUCUGAUCGUCCUAAAGAUUUGACAUCUUACUGCCAACCAUCCCCUCGCGUUCGGUUUAUUGGAGUUUUCGAUACCGUCAAAGCCGUAUUUCAACUUCCAGUCCACAACACGCUUAAGAACGGUGUCCCAAUAAUCGAUUUCGAGCAAGAUGCACCUCACCUCGUCGGCCAUUUCCGGCAUGCACUAGCACUGAAUGAGGGAAGACCUCUUUUUAGCCCAACCCUUUGGAAAUCUGAUGUGAAGUUGGCAGACAGCAGUUAUGAAGAAGCCUGGUUUUUAGGUUUUCAUCAUGAUAUUGGUGGAGGCUCUGAGCGUCAAGGUUUAGGCCUGUGGCCCUUGCAAUGGAUGUUGCGCGCUGCAAUGGACAAAGGAUUGGUACUCGACACCGAGAAGGAACGAUAUAACGUUCUUUUCUCGGGAGAGGGGAAUGUCUUUGAGUCAGCCCAUGCCUCAGAUAUGGCAAUGAAGAUGACAGACAUGAUACACUAUCAUACAUCUAAGGCCGGUGAGAUGUUUAAGCUGUAUCUGAAUGAAUCUAGCUGGGGGCUUUUGGACACGCCUCGAAAUUACCUAGAAUAUCUCACAAAAGCGCCGUAUGUCCAACACACCAAGGCCAGAGUGUUUUUACACCCGUCAACAUACUUGGUCUUUGACAUCAGUUUGUCCCUUCGCAUUCAACUCUACGAGUGGAGGUUCUUCCGCAAUUUUAUCCGCGAUAGGCACUUGGUAAUUCCAGAGAAUGUGUUGCCAUGGUGGGAAAACCAAACGGUAGAAAGUAUUCUGAAAGAAGCUUCAUCUGUUAAGCACAUGCGCCUUUUAAUUUAUGGUCGGCCGGCAAUUGGAAAAUCCUCUCUUAUCAGCAGAACCUUUGGAAAGUGGGUCAAGUCAGACCCUAGUUCGGGAGCAGCGCCAGUGGCUGGAGCAGUGGUUUCGGAGAUUGAUAAAUCGAUUUGUUCGGACAUUGGGACGCCAAUAUUGAUUCCCGAAAACGACCUGGUUCGUGUGCAUUACUCAGAUGGCUUUGGGCCUGGUGGCAGCGACAGUUUUGAAGUUGUCGAUCAGUUCUUGACCCAGUACCGGGGGAGAACAAAUCCAGAGGAUAAGCUUCAUGCUAUCUGGUACUGUAUCGAUUGCACUGAGGACGAAACCAAUGCUUCGGAGAAAGCAUUCUUCAAUUUGGACUUUGGAAAGAUUCCAGUAGUUGUCGUUUUAAUGAAAGAAGAAGAGUUGAAAACCAAGAUUCGCAAAGAAUUGUCUGGAAGGCGUGCAGCCGACGAGAAGCAGGUUGAGGAACGCUUUAACCAAAUAAUUGAGAAGAAAAAAGCAGAACUGGCGAAACUCUCUCCUCGGAGCUGGGUAUCUAUUGGAAGCAGUGUCAACACAAUCAAGACACUUCUUUCAGAAACAUCUCGAAACCUUGUCGAUACAGCUGCUCAGCUCACUCAACUCAAAGCCCAGAGAGUUUCAGUUAAACCCAAGGUUGCUCUGGCUACCGCUGAAAGUAUUCGCGCCUAUGCGAUUUGGAAAAAGUCUAAGUUUGAUGGAGAAAAGAUCGACUUUCUCCGCGAUGCCAAAGAUGAGCCAAAACUCUUUCGACUGCUCAUGAGGCCCGUUCUUGAUAGCUUUAAUAUGCGUUUCCCCGGCGAUGAUGUUCUGAUUCAGUCCCUACUCAGUAAAUCGUGGCGGGACCUUGACAGUUACCCAGCAAACUUGUGGGAUAAGGACAUCCCGGGUGACCUGAUUUUAAUGUGUAUGCUUGAUACCAUCAUUAUUAUGGCUCGUGCUUUCAACCAUACCCAGAUCCGUCAACCGUUGGGUGCAAUUGCUCAACCCUUGAAUACAGUUGCUCUCCAGCUUGCCUGUACGUGGUAUACACUUGCCACCCUUAACAAACAGAAAGCGAUGCAUUCGAGGAUCAAAUCUAUGCUCUCCGAGAAAGACUGGUCGCCAAAGGACAUCUCAAUGGGAAGCCUGCAGAUGAAAGUGAUAGAAGCUGUUGAGGUUGGAUUAGAGAGCGCCGAAACAUUUUUGGAGGAUGUAGGAACUGGAGCACUCGAUGGCGUUAAAAAGGUUGUCGGAGGGAUUGGAUCUCGCCUUCCUAUCUUUUCAUAA